AUGCACAGGAUGCUUCUAUUGUUGUGGCUAGAGGAGCUCGUUACAGGUAAGAGUGGGGAUGGGCCUGUUAUGGGGCAUGUGAUUAGCUCGGUUGAGGAUGUUUCUCUGGAUCAGAGAGGUUCAGAAAAGGUAAGUGUGACUGAUAAGGAUGAGACUAACAGGGAUGAGGAGAUAACCAUUGUGGUUCCUGUGUUGGAUGUGGUUACUGGGGCGGUGAACUCUGCUGAUGUUGUAACUCAGGAAAACACCCAAGUUUUGGCUCCUAACUCUAUUGGGAGUCCUCCAUUGAGCUUUGCUCAGAUUGUGCGUGGAUCACCACCAGGGAGUGGGAGUUCAAGCACUACUGAGCAACCUAUGGAUAGUGGCAAAUUACCAGUCUCUGGGAGUUUGACGCUAUCGCAACCUCAAGGAGAUAAUUUGGCUUCUGGGGUGGGGAAAGAAAAUAGGAAACCUCCUGAUAAGGGAAAAAAGGUUUGGGUGAACUCGCCAUUGAUUCCUCUUCAACCAAAAAAAGGGAAGGGAGGCAAAGGCAGAGGGAAGAAAUGA